GCAGCAGCCAGAGGAGGAGGAGGAAGAAGGAAGGAGGAGGAGGAGGAAUCAGAGCGAGAGAAACAGUGUGGCUGCAGUCAGGAGGGACACAGACACUGUGUGUGUGUGAGAGAGAGGGAGAGAGAGAGAGAGAGAGAGAGGAGAUACAGAGAGAAGAGAAGGUUUCCCCUCCCUCACCUCACUGACCCAUGAAAGAAGCCAUGCCGGUCCUCACAGCAGGAGCGGGGCUACAUGAAACGCUGGCCCUGCUGACCUCUCAGCUGCGUCCCGAUGCCAAUCACAAAGAGGACAUGGUCUUCCUCAAAGAUGUCUUCAGUGAGAGGAGCUUGGGAUACCUCAUGAAGAUUCAUGAGAAGCUGAGACAGUACGAGAGACAGAGUCCAACACCCGUCCUCCACAGUGCCUCUUCUCUGGCAGAGGAUGUGGCAGAGGAGCUGCAGAGUGGACCGAUGAGCACCGAGGAGAAGGAGCUGCUGCACCUGCUGACAUCACCACAUCUCAAGGCCGUUCUGUCGGUUCACGACACUGUAGCUCAGAAGAACUUUGACCCCGUGCUGCCGCCGCUGCCGGACGACUUCGAGGACGAGCUGGAGGAAGAGUCGGUGAAGAUUGUCAGGCUGGUGAAGAACAAGGAGCCUCUGGGAGCCACCAUCAGGCGGGACGACGCCACCGGGGCGGUAAUCGUGGCUCGGAUAAUGAGAGGAGGUGCAGCUGACCGAAGUGGUUUGGUCCAUGUAGGAGAUGAACUCAGGGAGGUCAACGGAGUCUCUGUGAUCCACAAGAGACCUGAUGAGAUCAGUCAGCUGCUGUCCCAGUCCCAGGGCUCCAUCACUCUAAAGAUAAUCCCUGCCAUUAAAGAAGAGGACCGACUGAAGGAGAGCAAGGUGUACGUGAGAGCCUUGUUCGACUACAUCCCGUUGGAAGACAAAGCGACGCCUUGCCAAGAAGCGGGACUUCCUUUUAAGCGGGGAGACAUCCUGCAGAUCGUGACCCAGGACGACCCCACGUGGUGGCAGGCCAAGCGUGUGGGAGACAGCAACCUGCGGGCCGGACUCGUCCCCUCCAAACAGUUCCAGGAGAGGCGACUGGCCUACAGGAUGAAAAUGGGCACGCUCCCGAAUCCAAAAUCCCCUAAAAAGCCUGUCUAUGACCAAGGAUGUGAUAAAGAGGACUGUGACUGUGAGGGCUAUUUCAAUGGACAGUACAUAGUCUCUCCUAAGUGUAAAGCAGUGGCGCCCUCCUGUGGCCAGGUGUUUUCCUGGGAAUUUUAUUCAGCUGGUUUACGGAGGAGUUUCCGGCUCAGUCGUAAAGACAGGCAAGGAUCCUCCGGAGAAGGUUCUGAUCCUGGAGACCCCGACUACCUGACUUAUGAAGAGGUGACCCGCUACCAGCAGAGGCCCCAUGAGAGGCCCCGUCUGGUGGUCCUGAUCGGUUCUCUUGGAGCACGAAUCAAUGAACUCAAACAGCGGGUGAUUGCUGAAAACCCACAUCGUUUUGCAGUGGCUGUACCACAUACCACAAGACCCAAGAAACCUCAUGAGAAGGAAGGUGUGGAGUACCACUUUGUCACCAAACAGCAAUUUGAUGCAGACGCUUUAAACAACAAGUUCAUAGAGCACGGGGAAUAUAAGGAGAACCAGUAUGGCACAAGUAUAGAAGCUAUCCGCUCUGUACAGGCCAAGAAUAAGAUGUGUAUAGUGGACGUGCAGCCUGAGGCUCUAAAGAGACUGCGGACAGCGGAGUUCAAGCCCUAUGUAAUAUUUGUCAAACCUCGUGUUCCCGAGAGCAGACGUCGCCGCAGCGCUGCCACCUCACCAGGAGGGGGAGAGCAUGGCCGGGUUACAGACGAAGACCUCCAGGAGAUGCGUCAGUCUGCCAUUCAGAUUGAUCAGCAGUAUGGACACCUGGUGGACCGGGUCUUGAUCAAGGAGGACUCGGCCAGUGCCUGUGCAGAACUGCGAGGCAUCUUGGAGAGGCUGGAGCGGGAGUCCUUCUGGGUGCCUGUCAGCUGGGUGCGGACCUAAGCUUACCCCCACCCAUCAUCCUCCAGAAGAACUUUACAGCCAACCCACCCAAAUCCUGCACCAGUCCUCUCCUACUGAGCUGAUCCCCCUUCCCCCACAAAGGCCUGCUGGCCAGCCUGGGGGUCUGCUGAACUCCCUCUAUGAGACUGCUGCAGGGCUGGUCAGACAGCCAUAAACUGAGGCACCAAAGGGAGAGGAUGAUGUCAGAGGAAUACCUCUUUAUCUGGGGUGUUGCAGCAGAUCGACAGCUCUCUUGGCCCGAGGCCGUUUAAAUGCCCAAAAAUCACAGUCUUACGGUCACUUCCUCAUAUUUAUUCAGGUUUGGUUUUAAUUUAUUUAUUGACUUCAAAAGACGAGAGACAGAUGAAAGUUUUUAGUUUUAAGAAGCGUUUUAUUCCUCACGCUGUCACUCUUUCUAGCUGCAUUGUUCACUAGAGUGUGUCAGGUUUGGGAUCCGACUCAGAGGAUUGCUCAGUCAGUCAGCUUUAUUGUGACUCUUGUUGGAGUACCUUUAGUAGCAUGUUUAUUUUUGUUUUGUUUUACAGUUUUAUUUAACUCGAUGCCAAUCGCAGAAUGCUUCCUGUUAAUUCUUCCUGCUCAUGCAUCCUGUACAGUAUAAGAACCAAUCAUACUUCAACGGGAGAAAUUGAUAUAUAUAGUUAAGUGAAUGCCAUUUGAAACUGUUCUUUUUGCUAAACCAUGAAUCUAAUUUCAACACAUGGACAGAAACGAAACAAACCUAUAUCCAAAUGGAAUGUGAGACCUUUAUUUUUUACAAAACUGUUUGUUUUUAGGAAACGCAUGACAAGUGAUUAUUUAACCUCAGAUGUGAAUACUGUAAAUGUAACUCCUCGUGUGCCAACGAAAGAUAUCGUAGCACUUCAAUGCAACCUGUUUACCGUCGAUCCCUGGGAACCCAGAUCUGUUUGUGUGUAGAAUUAUGCUGUGCACAGAGUAUGUGUGGAUGGAUGUCACAGUGUAUGUUUACAUACACCAACUGAGAUGCUCCUUUUAUGUGCAGUUAUGGGUUUUGUACAGUUUCCUUGCACAUAUCUGUAUUUUUGACUGCAAAGGAAGAGGUGUGUACUAGAUGUCUGUUUUUUCUGAUAAUCAGGGUUUUGCUUUAUUGAUGUCUCGUGGGUUGGAGAUAUCCCAAUAUGCACAGAUUUCACAUUAGGAUUGAAACAAUGAGUCGAUAAAUUGAAACUGAAUCAGCAACUAUCAGCAAAUAUUUUUAUAAUUGAUUUAUAUUUUAUUCAUUAAGCAGAAAAAGCUGGUUACAGCUUUUCAAUUAUGAUGGUUUUGUUCUUUUGUUUGUCUUGUGAUGGUAAACUGGAAGUUUUGGAUAAAACAAGCAAUUUGAAGACAUGCUUAUGGGUUUUAAGAAGAUUGUAACAGACAUUUCACACUAUUUCCUGACAUUUGUAGAUAUAAACGGGUUUCUAAGGUAACAAAGACAACUAUUCUUAUGAUAUUCCAUUUCUGCCAAUAGAUCCUCCUAAAUGUUACACACUGGGCCUUUAAAGAAAGACAUCGGCCAAAUCAGAGAGGUGACACGGGACUGAACACUAUAUGCUGGAAAAUAAAGUACAAAUAUAUUUAGAACAACGUUACUAUCUAAUGUUCCUACAUUUUGACUCUACGAUACUAACUGGCUUGUCGUUUGCAAAUCACCAUCAGCCAAUGCCACAGCCAGCUGGCCAAACUCAUUUUAGCUUAGAUUACAGUUAGUUGGCCACCCCCUACAUUGCUUCGCUCUUGGCUAGUAUAAAACAAUUAUUUUACAUAUCAACACGGUUUGUCGUAAUAAAUAAUGGAUCAAGUGAGCUGGUGAAGUAAUUUGGCAGGCUAGCCAGUUGUAUUUUGCUACAUAAAACAUUAGCAAGCAAGCUAAAAUUAAACGGCAAGCCCGCCAAUCUACCACCCAGAUCAAUCCCAGGAGUCUGGGUAAAUUUGCUAAUAUUCCACUCAAUAUUCCCCCUAAUUACAAUACUUUUGCAUAUUGGCAAUACAAUUAAUUGGGGUAAAAACAUGAAUUGCUUCACAUUCUUGCAUAAUGCAAAGGACGUGUUCACAUUUUUAGAAAUCUGUCUUAGAAAAUACCCAGAUGCCCCACAUGUACAGUGAAAGAGUUCUUGGUCAUCCUUUUCUCUCUAACACAGUAAUAAAAGUGAUGGGGGGGGACGACUAGCUAGUUUAAUAUAGGGUUUUAAUUACAUUUAAAAAGGACCAGUGUGUAGGAUUUAGUGGCAUCCAGCGGUUGCAUCCAACUCACCUCACCCUCCCAAGUGUAGAAACAGGCUCCAUUUUUAUUUUCAGGUGAUUAUUCAUUGAUAUAAACAUACUGAUGAUUAUUAUAUUCAAUUUCUGCAAAUAGAGCCUCGUAAAUGUUACACUGGACCUUUAAGAGAAGUCAUUACCCUCCAUCACUUUUACUGAAAUUGCUUUCGGAGAGGAGAAGUGAUUACAGAGUCCAAGACUCCAUCAAGGUACAUAUCGGCAUGUGUGUAUUAUAUGACUUGACCAAUGUGAAAACAAUGACACGAAACUAUUGAGCUCUAUGGCUUGACAACAUUUCGGAUAAACUAUCACUCCUACACAGGUAUUUUCUUGCGCGUGUGUGUGUGGUGAAACUUAAGCAGCUUCCAGAUCCCUUCUGUUCUUUUUUUUUUUUUUUAAAUAAACAUGCAAUGUUCUCUUCAUGUGUUGUAUGAACCAAGAAACCCUGAAUGUUGAGUUUGUAACGUGACAUGUACAAAGUGCCAUAAUAAAGCUAGCUGAAUUAAG